AAGGCUGUAACGUAACAACAUUUUGAAAAAAGGAAGGGGUCUGAAUACUUUCUGAAUGCACUGCAGGCUGUGACUUGCUUAGGCUCAGUGACUUGCUUAGGCUCAGUGACUUGCUUAGGCUCAGUGACUUGCUUAGGCUCAGUGACUUGCUUAGGCUCAGUGACUUUGAAUUUAUAUUUAGAAACACCAGUUUGGCCAGAGUUUGUUUGCUUCUGGUUCAUGUGAUGGUGCCUGGAGAGCAGGCCAGCAGCGGAGAAUAUCCUCUCCGCGCUUGCAGAGCCGCUGGGGAUGGCAAACACCUUUUUUUGGCCACUCUUUCCAGGCUGGGCAGGGAUGCAGAGUUGUUGUUUUUCUUCCUAUAGGUAGGCCUUAAAGUUUUUAGGCAAAAUAACCCAAACCUAAAUAUAAAGCUCCUUGAAAGUGUGACUAUGUCCGGCCUAUUGGGCCUAAUUCAAUUAUGGCCUAUUGUCUAGAUAAUAGAACCAAAAUGAAGGAAACUUCUAAGAUAUCUGAUUUUUAGUUUAUAAAUACUUUGCUACAAUGACACACUUCAUUAGCUACCCACCUCGUUCCUUUCAUUUAGCAUGUGCACGUAGUAAAGUACACCAUCAUGUUUUCAGGAUAUGUCUUUUCAGAUUCCACUAUGGUUCUUUAGUUGUGGACAUUACAUCACAAGAAAUGGCUCUUGGUCCUCAUCUUUGACGACUAUAAUUAAGUCUGAGGCUGGUAACAUCAACAGUGAGGACAAACCCAGCCUGCCUCUCCCCUUCCACACUGAGUCCAAACCUACAGUCACUGGGUCCUGAUUGUGACAGUGGAGCCCAGUUUGCACUGCAGGAUCCAGAGAUGGCAUCAGUGAAGCUGGAAGACUGCAGUCAAACAAUAGAGCUGAAUGUCAACAUUAAAGAUGAAGAAGAGGAGGAGAAGAUUGGGAAAUCUGUUUCUCAUGGAGACCAUGUUGAGACAUUCUCUACAUCCAGAGAGCAACAGCAGGAAAAUCACAGAGCUAAGAGGUCUCAUCCCUGCCCACAUUGUGAGGAGAUUUUCCCAUUUCUAUCAAAACUAAAAAUACACUUAAAAAUACACACAGGAGAUAAUCUGUAUUCCUGCACUGACUGUGGGAAGAGUUUAAAAACAUCACAGGCUCUGACAGUUCAUCAGAGAGUGCACACUGGAGAGAAACCUUACUCCUGCUCUGAUUGUGGGGAGCGUUUCUCUCAUCAGAGCAACUUAAAAACACACCAACGUAUACACACAGGGGAGAAGCCUUACUACUGCUCUGACUGUGGAAAAUGUUUCACAACAUCAACUGGGCUAAGAGUUCAUCAGAGAACACACACAGGAGAGAAGCCUUACUUCUGUUCUGACUGUGGGAGGAGUUUCAUAACAUCAAGGACUCUGACAGUUCAUCAGAAAAUGCACACUGGAGAGAAACCUUACUACUGCUCUGAUUGUGGGGAGAGUUUCUCUCAACAGAGCAAUUUUAAAACACACCAACGUACACACACAGGAGAUAAGCCUUACUACUGCUCUGACUGUGGGAAGGGUUUCUCUCAACAGAUCCACUUAAAAUGUCACCAGCGAAUACAUACAGGAGAGAAGCCUUACUCCUGCCCUGACUGUGGGAAGGGUUUCUCCCAACAGAGCAACUUAAAAUGUCACCAGCGAAUACAUAAAGGAGAGAAGCCUUACUCCUGCUCUGACUGUGGGAAGUGCUUCACAACAUCAACUGAGCUAAAAGUUCAUCAAAGAGGACACACAGGAGAGAAGCCUUACUCCUGCUCUGACUGUGGGAAGAGUUUCUCCCAACAGGGCAGCUUAAAAAUACACCAACGCAUACAUAAAGGAGAGAAACCUUACUCCUGCUCUGACUGUGGGAAGUGCUUCACAACAUCAACUGAGCUAAAAAUUCAUCAAAGAAAACACACAGGAGAGAAGCCUUACUUCUGCUCUGACUGUCAGAAGAGUUUCUCCCAAUUGGCUUCCUUAAAAACACAUCAACGUAUACAUAAAGGCAAGAAGCCUGAUCAGUUGUCUCAGGCCAGUUAAGAUUAGUCACUCCAUCGCUUCAUUCUCAUCUCGUAAAGGAAGUGGUAACAGGGAAUUUUAUAACAUUAAGACGAACACUCUAUUGUAAUCCUAUUGUUUCUCAUUGACAACUGUGCAGAGGAGGUGGUGCUGGAGAUGAAUAUUGAAUUGAAUAUGAAGUUGAAACAUUUAAACAUUUUCCUUUUAAGGCAAAAACAAAAUGAGGUUGGUCUGUUGGUCGGGGUGGAUGGGUCUGCAUAUAACAUGAACGUAUUGCAACCCAAAGGUUUCAUGUUCGAAUCACAUCAUAGACAACUUUAGCAUUUUAGCUAAUAAGCAACUUUGCAACUAAACUACAUGACCAAAAGUAUGUGGACACCUGCUCGUCGAACAUCUCAUUACAAAAUCAUGGGCAUUAAUAUGGACUUGGUCCC